AUGGUAAGCUGUUCACGCCCCAAUCGUUUGCAGUCCUCAUCUGAGUCAACAAACAUGGCUCAGUCCUAUGUUGUGAUGACUCCCUUCACCUUGGAUAACAUGAAAAUUAUCCGUUUUGAGCGUACAAAGAACUUGGAUGAAAGCUUGGUCCAUCAUAUUGCUGGUGGACAACAUUCUGGUAUCAUAGUAAACAAGGAAUGCAAAUUGAAAUUAGAACCGACGGAUGUCCCGGAGAUGCAGUUACAAUUUACUUGUGUUAUGUUUAAUAACAGAACAUCAGAAACCCACGCUGAAAAUCGUCGUUUAAAAUUCUGGUUUAGUAAAAGUGCUCAACAGUUCGACCGUUUGGAUGAAUCGUAUGACUUUUUUCGAGAACUGAUUGAUCCAACUUCAUUUCCGAGAGAUUACGUCGGUUUUCUCAAAAAGUUAUUGAAACAACUGCAUGGGACCCGUUAUCUACGUCUUCGUCGUGUAGAUCUGGAUAUAAUUCCUUUGGAUAAACAGGAACAAGAGUCACUGGUUCCAGAACGAGAUUGUAGACCGACUGAACAAGUUAUACGUGAAUGUAUACAAAUGAGAUUAGAGGAAGCCUAUCCUAAUGUCUUGUCUAUGGAAGAUCUUGUUCGCAUCUUGGAGUAUGAUAAUCGUGCUUUACUACAAGUUCAGCUGGAGGAGUUAGCUAGUCGUGAUCUUAUACAAAUGGUUCCACUAGAGGGUAAACAUAUUGGUCAGUUUGGUUUUCGACGGAAAAUCCACUUACAAAAUCACGUUGUCAGAGAAAUGAAAGGAGCAAAUCAUAUGCAACAAGUAUCUACUAGUGAAAAACCGACAAUAGCAAUUAUUACUAAUUUACUAUGUGAAAAGUUAGCUGUAGAUGCAAUGAUGGAUCAGAAGACAACAUUUGUACGCUAUAAAACUGAAGGUGAAUCACAUGUCUAUACUAUCGGAAAUAUCGGACCGCAUAGAGUUAUUUCAACAAAAUUACCCAUGGUUGGUCGGGAAUUACAGGAGAAAAUUUCCUCUGGGAAUAUAACAACACGAUUACUUGGAGCAUUUCAAGCUGUGCAACAUGUAUUUUUAGUUGGUGUCGGUGGUAGUGUACCUCACGUGUACGAAUUCGAUAAGCAUUCCCGUUUGGGUGAUAUUGUAGUUAGUGCUGUGCCUCGUUCUGGUGGCCCGCAUUCACCACCUUCAACUAAUGGUAAUAAUACGAAUCAUAAUACAAUGACGAAUGGUGUAGAAGACUCUAUCUACAUUUACUGUGAUCGUUUAAUUGAACCGCCUGAAGAUACUGUUGACAUGAAAACACCAAGAUUUGUUUUGAAAAAAUAUGCUGCACGAGAUUCAACUCUAGUCAAUUGUGUAGAAAAGGUACUUGAUCGUUUUGAAGCAGCUCCAGAGAAAUGUGAAUGGGCUCAAAUAUUGAAUUCCACUUUAAGUUUAUUAGGUGGAGAAGAUGAUCCUAUUGAUUUUGCUCGACCACCACCUGAUACAGACAAGUUGAAAUUAAAGAUCAACGAAGGUGUAACCUUUGAUAUCAAACAUCCCGAUGUACCUGAAGAAUUGUCACGUUUCUAUCCGCCUGGUGUACCAGCUGUACGUCUCGGUUGUAUGGGAUCUGGUCGACCGGUCACAGAUAACGACGCACUAAGGAAUGACUUCGCCAAAGAAUACCAUCUACUGUGUUACGAUGCUGAAUAUGAUCAGGUGUUGGAGUCAGUUAUGGGAAAUGGUCUUGACUCCUUUAUUCUUAUUCGUGGGAUAGCCGACUAUGUGGAAGGCAGACAAGGCGCACAAUGGCAACCGUAUGCAGCACUUGCAGCAGCCUCUUUUAUGAAGUCUAUCAUCUUACAAUUACCAUUGAUUCCCUUACAAGAAGAUUGA